AUGGAAGCAGAAGGGGGAGCGGCAGCUGGGUGCUGCGAUGGGUUUGCAGGGAAGAGACUCUGUGGUCCUCUUCCGCCACCUCCUCUUUUGACACCAUUGGAAAGGUUUCUUUCGAGUUGCUGCCGAGAGGAGCCCGAUCAUGGAGAUCCACAGGGGUUGACUGAUGUCCUGCUUGGGGCAGUCGGCUUUUCUGCUAGUGGCAAUCUUGUAGGUGGUAGCUGUGAGAAGGUUGUGAAGAGAGAGGAAUGGGAACAACAACAACAACAGCAGCAACAACAACAACAACAAAAGGGGGCUUCAAACAACUCAUCGUUUUCUAAUGGUAAUUCUGCUGCAGCCAAUGUCGUGAAAGGGCAGUGGACAGCUGACGAAGAUAGCAUGUUGGUUCGUCUGGUUAAGCAACAUGGCGUUAGGAAGUGGUCUCAGAUUGCCAAGAAUUUGGUUGGUAGGAUCGGGAAGCAGUGCAGAGAAAGAUGGCACAACCAUCUACGCCCUGACAUCAAGAAGGAUAUGUGGACCGAGGAAGAGGAGAAGCAACUAGUGGAAGCUCACAUGAGCUUUGGGAACAGAUGGGCUGAGAUCGCAAAGCAAAUCCCUGGCAGAUCCGAGAACUCCAUUAAGAACCACUGGAACGCCACCAAAAGAAAGCUGAACGCUAAGAGGAGGAGCAAGAGGAAGGCAACCAAAGGGGGAAGAUGUCCUCCCUCCGUUCUGCAAAACUACAUCCUGAGUAAGACUCGAGACCUCAGCAAAACAUGCAGCACCACCAAUACAACAACUGUGUCAAAACAAUUAGACACCCCAUACUGGCAACCGCACAACCCCUCAACGGGUCAGGAUCCCACGAGCAGUGUGGAGGAGAGCUUUCCGUACAUACACGAAGUGUUGGAGCAGUCAUCGGUGCCUAACGGAAGCAUAGAGGAAGGAGGGAUUCAUGGAGGGGAAGCCCACAAUUCUUGCAAUCAUUAUUCGCUCGAUUUCCUGCACUUCGACGACGACGACUUCCUGCCUAUCGGUGAUGUGUGCCAAUGCAUGCAAUUGCCUUAUUCUGCACCUGAAACUAUCGCCAUUGACCCGGCUUGUCAUCGACCUAAUACAUGGUCUGAACUCUAUCCACCCUGUCUAUUCGAUGGAGCUCUUUCUUCAUCAACAGGCCUACUCGAGAUGGACAGUAAAUCCCAGAUCCUGAAAGAUCAAGCUUCUUCGAGUAGCAAGAGAGACUUGGAUCUGGUGGAGAUGAUGUCCUUGCAGUUCUCUUCCUCGCAGCGCAGCAGCAGCAGCAACAGCAUGUUACUGAGUUCUGAUCCAAAUUACUUGUGA